AUGGCAUUCCCAAAAACCUUGUUCCGACGUAGCAAUCGCUCGCCCACGUCGAGCUCUGCUUUGGGGGUUAUCGAAGUCGCGUCAGCGGAGAAAUAUGUUGUACUGCUGCCUCUUGAAGCAGCGAACAAGACCGGAAAGGUGGUGCAACAACAAGCUGGGGGAAUUGCCGAGAUGUUGGAUGAUGACAACUCGGCGUGGGGGCCAUCGUCUCGAAACACUACAAGCACGAGGUCAUGA